AUGAGUUUAAACAACGAUGAUAUAGUAAUCAGUGGUAUGAGUGGUCGGUUCCCAUUAUCUGAUAAUAUCGAUGAAUUUGCUGACAACCUAUACAAUGGUAUAGAUAUGGUUACCGAUGCCGAUGACGGUGAUGGUCGAUGGCCUAAAGAUUUAUACGGAAUUAGUUCAAGACAAGGAAAGGUUAGAGACUUUGACCGCUUCGAUGUGUUUUUCUUCGGUAUUAUGCAACAAAUGGCCGACGAAAUUGAUCCGCAAUCGCGUAAACUAUUGGAGACCACAUACGAGGCCAUUGUGGACGCCGGUAUAAAUCCGAGUUUAUUGCGCGGCACGAAAACCGGUGUUUAUGUCGGUGUGUCGACCUAUGCUAUGACCGAUAGCUAUCCCGAAGAGGUACAGCCGGACAUUAGGAUGAGUAAACAGUCGGUAAUGUUGCAGACAAUGGGAAAUAUGAAGGCUAUGUACGCCAACCGUAUAUCCUAUGUGUUUGACUUUAAGGGACCGUCGCUUAUCACAGAUACGGCCUGUUCGGCCAGUUUUGUGGCCUUUAAUUUGGCCAUAAAUGACUUAAAAUUAGGCAAUAUUGAUUACGCUGUAGUCGGAGGAACUCAAAUGACAUUUGAGCCGUUUCUCGUCCAAAAUUUACAAGAAAUGAAUGUUUGUUCACCGCGUGGCGUAUCGUCGGUGUUAGACCAGGAGGCAGAUGGCUUUGUCAAGGGUGACGCCAUUGCCUGUCUAUUCCUCCAGAGACGACCCGAGGCUCGCCGUAUCUAUGCCUCAGUUUUGGCCAGUCGUGUCAAUGUUGACGGCAAAAAAACCAAAGGCAUGUUCUUUCCAUCGACAGAAGCACAAGAAGAACUGAUGAUUAUGACCUACAAAGAGGCUAAUGUGGAUCCAUUGAAAGUCAACUAUUUUGAAGCCCAUUGCACGGGAACCAGAGUUGGCGAUCUGCAAGAGGUUAAGGCCAUCUACAAUGCCUACUGUUCUGCACCUAAUCGUGAGGACUACUUACCGCUUGGUGUACUCAAAAGUAAUACGGGCCAUACAGAAGCGGCAUCGGGUGUAUCGGCAAUAAUUAAGACAUGUACUGUAUUUGAAAGAGAGUGUAUUCCGCCUAACAUUAAUUUGAAACAAAUUAAAAAUGAAAUCAAAAACUACUGUCCACCACUGUAUCCCAAUACCAAACCAUUGGCCUAUAAGCCAGCCAUUGCAGGCAUAAAUAACUUUGGCAUUGGAGGUGUUAACGGACACGUACUCAUUGAAUGUAAUUAUAAGUUGGCCGACGAUAAUGGCCUGGAAAUAGCCGAAUCCAUACCGCGUAUUGUAAACAUCUGCGGCCGCACUGAAGCCGCCAUUCAACACGUGUUUGACUUUAUCGAGAAAAAUCCUCACAAAAUCACGCGCGACUUUUUAGCCCUUUUGACUGAUACUAUGAAAGUCAGUCCCAGUGUUAAUUCAGCCGGAUUUCCCUACAGAGAAAUUAAACCUGUUUGGCUGUUGUUUCCGGGUUUGGGCGGACAAUGGCCUGCAAUGGCUAAGGCUUUAAUGCCAAUCGAUAUUUUCAGAAAUAAAGUCGAAGAAUGUCAUCAAAUAUUACUUGAAUUUAAUAUCGAUUUAAAACAUUGGUUACUCUCUGAAGACAACACUUCCAUCUCAACAAUGACUGCUAAGUUCUGUACGACAACUGCUAUAGAGUUGGCGUUGUUUGAUGUGAUUAAAGCAUUGGAUGUCACUGUCGACGGUAUUAUUGGACAUUCAUUUGGUGAGAUAGCCUGUGCUUACGCUGACGGAUGUCUGACCACAAAAGAGGCGAUGAUUUUGUCAUAUUUUAGAGGAGCCGUCACUGAAAACGAUAAGAAACUACCGAAAGGUUUGAUGGCUGUCGUGGGUCUGUCGAGAAACGAAGCAAAAAUAUUAUGUCCACAAGGAGUGUAUGUGGUCUGUAAUAAUGCUAAAGACAGUGUUGUAGUGUCUGGCAAACAACAAGAAAUGAAGGAAUUGAUUGAAAAGAUACGAUCUAUGGGUGUAUUUGUUCGCCAAUUAGACAGCAGUGGUAUACCCUAUCACUCACCAUAUAUGCAGAGCUCGGUUAAGCCAAUGAUUGAGAAAACCAAAAAAUACAUAGAAAAACCACGACUGAGAUCCAGCCGAUGGUUAUCGACAUCAGUGGUAAACUUAGAACAACAGGACAAUGACAUCAAUGAUAUCUUGAAAUAUGCUUCUUCAGAGUAUUUUGGAUAUAAUCUGUUAAAUGCCGUCCGUUUUUAUGAUCGUCUGAAAACACUUCCGACCGAUUCGAUUAUCAUAGAGAUGGGUCCGCAUUCGGUAUUCGGCAAAAUAGUUACCGAUACUCUUCAGUCGUCCACUUAUUUGUCGUUUAUGAAGAAGGACUCGAACGACACUAAUUUGGAUCUGUUUUUGUCGGGUUUGGCAAAACUAUACGAAUUGGGAUUAAAUCCGUCUAUCGAUAAGCUAUAUCCGACGAUCGAAUGGCCAGUGGCCAGAAAUACCCAAUCAAUAGGGUCGCUGAUCCGGUGGGAUCAUUCACAACAAUACUUUUGCAAAAAAUAUCCCGACUUUUAUUCCCGAACCACGUCAUCGGAUAUGAACGUUGCGGUCAACAUACAGAUGCCUGAAGAUUGUUAUUACGCCGAUCACGCUGUCGACGGCAACAUAAUAUUUCCGGCCACCGGCUAUAUAAUGUUAGUCUGGCGACACUUUGCCAGCUAUUGCGGCAAAAUCUGGGACCAGACGGCCGUUCACUUUGAAAAUAUUCAAUUCAAACGACCAGUUUUUCUGUCCGAUUCGUCGCCGACGCGACUCAAAGUCAGAUACUUUCAAAAUAGUCAUGAUUUUGUGAUAAUGGAAAGUGACAACAUUUGUUGUUCGGGUAAAGUUAGCCGAUUGACCGAUGAUGGACUAUACGCACAGAAUCUAAUCUAUGAGAAUGACGAGCACCGGGAGCUAACCGGUGAGUAUAGUUUGUCCAGAGAUGACAUCUACAAAGAUUUACGUAUUGUUGGCUACGAUUACGGACCGGCAUUCAGACGUCUGAAAAAUGUUCGGACCAACAAUUUUGACGAAAUACUCGGUAGUUGCGAAUGGAACGGACUGUUUGUACCGUUCCUCGACUCUCUACUACAGUCGUCGGCAUUUGUGUUACCGUUUCGUAAGCUAAUGGUACCCGUAAUGAUCAAAUCGCUUAAAAUCGAUCCGAAAUUGUUUUUCGAGGCUAUCGUCAAAAAUCGUAUGACCGUCGAUGACAAUGACGGCGAGGCCAUUGCCAACACAGACAAAAACAAACAAGAAGUGGCCGAAACUGUAGCCGAAGGGAAACGUACGGAACUGGAUGAAGAAGAACUGGCCGUUUCUAUAUUACAAGAUCUGGAACAGACCAAUGAAAUGAACGAUCAGUUUUCUGAACGCUUUCAUAAAUACCAAUCGUUGGUAUCGUUUUAUUUUGAUUACGACUCGAAAUUGUUGGUCACCUAUGGUAUCGAAAUCUGCGAUCUCAUAAUGUUUCCCAUUUCUCGCCGAUCAGACAAUCAGGAUCUGGUACUCGAUUCCUAUGAGUUUCUCUCCAAUGAGGACAUGGAUGCCAUCGAACCGUCCCAUAAGCGCAUGAUUUCUGAAUAUUUAGAGUCAGAACCUGAAUAUGAUUUUGUUAAAGACAUCACUAAUGAGAUCCAUACAAAUGAUUUGUUGUUACGAUCGUUGGUCGAUAUUGUCAAUGAAAAUCUGGUGCCACAAAAAUCGGUAAAAGUUAUUGAAAUUAACUUAACUCAAGGAUUGUUGGCCAAAGAGAUUGAAAAUUUGAUAACAAACUAUAAUCUCCUACCCAUUGAUGUCGACUACAAACUAAUUGUCCGAUCGAUGGAUGUAUUGCCAAACGAUUUAUCAUUACAGGAUAGAUAUGCUGCCAGUGUUUGGCAGAUAAGUGAUAGUUAUUUUCCCACUGAUAUAUCAAUUGGCGAUUUUAUUGUGUUGAGAGACUCUCAUCAUAUCUACGAUGACAACAACAUAGAUGUCGACAAACUUAUCAUAAAUUUAAGCGACUAUAUUGUCAGCAAUGGAUUUUUGUUGACAAUUCAUAGAUAUAGGUUUACGGAUACAGAGCUAAUGUUAAACAACAUCGUCAACAACGGCACAGUUAACGGCAGAAAACUGUUGGACAACUCGUUUCUGGAGCAACGUAUCGACCAGUUUAUUACGGCUGCUAAUCGAGCGGGUCUUCGGCUAAUUGGCCGCAAAUACGACACAAUCGGUACUAUGGCUCUACUGUAUCGCAAAACGGUUAGCGAACUGGUCAAUGGCAAACCUGAUUUACCAAAAUUGAUCAUGGUCGAUUCAUUUAUGUAUGACAAUUGGUUGCCACAAAUCAGAGAUAAAAUAAUUGAAAAUAAUGAAACCGAUAGAUCAAGUGAUACAGUUUGGUUGAUAGCUAAUGAUUCCCAAAGAAACGGUAUUUUAGGAUUAAUUAAUAGUCUAAGACUGGAACCGGGAGGCAAUCGUUUCAAAUGUAUUAUCGAUUACAAUAUUAGUGACAAUAAUAAUAUUAUAACCGGCAAUGAUAUCAAUUAUGUAGAAUUUCAGGCAAAAUACAAACAUAUUUUGGCCAAUGGUUUGGCUGUCAAUGUCAUCAACAAAGAUGAUGGCAAACAUAAGCCAAAAGUGGGAACUUAUAGACAUCUUAAGCUAAACAAAGAUUACGAUAAAAUCAAAUCCGAUGACUACUUCUUGAAUGUCGGUCAGGGAAGAGAUCUGUCAAGUCUUCAAUGGUUUGAUUCGCGAUGUUUGGUGCCGUCCGAUGAAGUCGUCUAUGAUUUUUCAAAUAACCUAAUAAAACAAAUACCGAUCAAAAUAUACAGUUCCGGACUUACAUUUCACGACAUUAUGUUUGCAACCGGUCGUAUACCGAGUGGACCGAUGCUAUUAUUUAUCGAUUGUCUCAUUGGUAUUGAGUUUGCGGGCCGUCGUACUGACACUGGAGAACGGGUUAUGGGCUUUGAUAUAACCCGAUGUUAUGCGACUAGUAUUCAAGGAAAUGACAAUUUUAUAACUAAUAUACCGAAUCACUGGUCAAUGGACGAUGCGGUCACUAUAUUGAGCACAUAUAGCACCGUAUGGUAUGGUUUGAUAGAUAGAGCUCACUUAAAGAGAAAUGAAAGCAUUUUAAUACAUUCGGGUGCUGGAGGUGUGGGUCAGGCGGCCAUAAAUAUAUGCCAAUACUAUAACUGCGAUAUCUUUGUGACGGUUGGAACUGAAGACAAAAAACAGUUUCUUAUCAAAGAAUAUAAUAUUCCUGAAAACAGAAUAUUCAGUUCAAAAGAUAUAUUGUUUAAGUUAAGGAUAAAACAGUUGACUAAAGGAAAAGGAGUCGAUUUGGUAUUGAAUUCAUUGACCGGUGAAAAAUUGGACGCCAGUUACGAGUGUCUGGCAAAUAGGGGUCGGUUUGUUGAACUGGGAAAAUAUGAUCAAAUGCAAAACAAACAGAUCGGUAUGUUUGACUUUUUGAGAGACAUAUCGUUCAUUGGUGUGGCUGUCGAUAUGUGUCUGUUUGAGGCUCAGGAUUUUACCAUCAAUUUCUUUGAUUGGAUGCAUAAAAACUCUUCAAAUGGAUGUAUUAAACCAAUUAAUAGGACUGUAUUUGAUGUUAACGAAGCGGAAAAGGCAUUCAGAUAUAUGACAACCGGUAAACACAUCGGAAAAAUUAUUCUUAAGAUUAGAGACGAAGAAUCCGAUAGAAAUGCUGUUAAAAAUAUGAAUCCAUCCAUUGGUUUGUUAGUAAAAACUAAAACAUAUUUUAAUCCAAACAAAGUUUAUAUAAUAACGGGAGGUUUGGGUGGUUGUGGUCUAGAAUUAGUUCAUUGGAUGCUAUAUAAGGGGGCAAAAAAGUUUGUACUAAACUCACGAAAUGGCAUUAAAAAUGAUUAUCAAAAAUAUAUUUUGAAACGUUUAGAAACUUUCGGUAAAAAAUACAAAAUGUUUUCAUCGGAAAUCAUAGUAUCCACUGCUAAUUGUUUGACAAUUGACGGCACAAAACAACUUUUAGGUGAAUCACAACAAUUGGGUAAAACAAUUGGCGGUGUCUUUCAUUUGACACUAUUAUUGAAUGAUCUGUUGCUGGAAAACCAAACAACUGAUACAUUUAGUGAAACUGUUGCCUCAAAAUAUACAAUAUUUGCUAAUUUGGAUCAAAUGAUUCGCAAAUUGGACAUCAAAUUAGAUUAUUUUGUUGUAUUUUCGUCGGUAAUUGCGGGCAAAGGAAACGGCGGUCAAAGUAAUUAUGCUUUUGGUAACUCAAUGUGCGAACGAUUAUGUGAAUUAAGAUCUGAUGACGGAUUGAAAGCACUGGCCAUACAAUUUGGUCCGAUCGGUGAUGUGGGCGCCCUGUCUAACAAGGAUCAGGUCGUCCAGAUGUCUAAUAUGAAGAAACAGAGAAUCAAUUCGGUCUUUGAAGUCAUGGAUAGACUACUGGCCGUCGAUAAGCUGAUUGUCACUUCUUAUCUAAAAUCUGAACGAAUAAUCCAAUCGGGAAGUCGUCAGAAACGUGUGAUUAAGGAGAUGUGGCGGGCAUUGGGUAUCGAUCCGGACAAUACUCCCGAUUAUCUAUCACUGGGAGAGAUAGGACUCGAGUCGAUGUUUGCCGUAGAACUUAAACAAGAGUUGGAACGGGAGUACAAUAUUAAGAUGUCGUUAUAUCACGUCAAGAAUAUUACCGUCCGAUUACUUAAAGAGUAUGAGUCGGGUCGGGUUGAAGACUUUAAUCGAUACGUCCAGGAGAUCAAAGUGGCCAAAACUAAUCUAUUGAAGUGUAAAUUCAUUAUACCUACCAAUAGGAUCACCAAAUUGAAUGACAUUACCGUUGGUCGACCCAUAUAUUUCUUGCCGGCCAUUCAGGGAUCGUUCAAAGUUAUCGAUGAUUUAGCCAAACGAUUUCAUAGGCCAGUUGUCGGCAUCAAUUGGACGCGCGAUAUGGAUGGCAUCGAAUCGGUCAAUGAAUUGACCAAAUAUUUUAUAGAUCUAUUGAAUACUAUACACAACAACAACAAUGAUUCGUAUGAUAUCGUCGGCUACUUUGACUGUGCAUUCAUUGCCACUAAAAUAGUCCGCAAGACUCGUGGUGUCAAACGAGCCGUUAUUAUUGAUAUACUAUCGGAAACACAGUUCAAUGAGGACGCGGUUACCGAUGAAUUUCUAUUGGAAUUUAUCUUUGAUUUCAUGACCAGUAAUAUACCGAAAAUAUUUAAGGAUAAGAUAUCUCGUGAUAUGAAAUCCGAGCCAAAUAUUGAGUCACGUCUUAGACGCGGAUGCAAUGAGAUCCGUGAGUUUGGCGGCAACGGUCUGAUGGCCACCGAUUUGGAAGAAAUUCUUCGUAAUUCAUUGAAACGGACAAAAAUGUUGGCCACUUAUAGAUCGCUGAAAAUAAAGAAAUUGAUUACAAAACAACAAAUCAAAUCCAAGAAUCUGAUGGAUAAAUGGGCUAAUAAUAGGCAAAAGCUAACAAUAAUCAAACCGUUUGAGUUCAACAAUAUUGAUGACGAAGAAGUAUUUGUCAAUAAAACAAAUCAGUUAUACUUUUUGCCAACAAAUCCGGAAACAAAUGAUUUGACGUUUGAUUUAAUUAAAGUCGACGAACACUCCCUAACAUUUGCAUCGGAAAAAAUUGUCGAUUAG